AUGGCCGCAUCCACCCUGUCCGUCUGCUCCAGCGACCUGAGCUACAGCAGCCGCGUCUGCCUGCCCGGCUCCUGGGACUCCUGCCCCGACUCCUCCUGGCAGGUGGACGACUGCCCAGAGAGCUGCUGCGAGCCCCCCUGCUGUGCCGCCCCCUGCUGCGCCCCCAGCUGUUGCCAGUCCAGCAGCUGCACCCAUGUGAGCUGCGGGUCCAGCCCCUGCCUGACCCUCAUCUGCACCCCUGUGAGCGGCGGGUCCAGCCCCUGCCAAUCAGCCUGCAUCAGCUCCUGCCAACCCUCCUGCUGCAGCUCCUCCCCCUGCCAGGAAGCCUGCGGUGCAUCUGUCUACUGCACCCCUGUCUGCUGCAAGCCCGUCUACUGCACCCCUGUCUGCUGCGAGACCUCCCCCUACUUGGCCUCCUCAUGCUGCCAACAGUCUAGCUGCCAGCCCUCCUGCUGCAGCUCCUCCCCCUGCCAGGAAGCCUGCGGUGCGUCCAUCUGCUACAAGCCUGUCUGCUGCACCUCUGUCUGCUACAAGCCCGUCGGCUGCACCCCUGUCUGCUGCGAGGCCUCCCCCUGCUCGGCCUCCUCAUGCUGCCAACAGUCUAGCUGCCAGCCCUCCUGCUGCAGCUCCUCCCCCUGCCAGGAAGCCUGCGGUGCAUCCGUCUACUGCACCCCUGUCUGCUGCAAGCCCGUCUACUGCACCCCUGUCUGCUGCGAGACCUCCCCCUGCUCGGCCUCCUCAUGCUGCCAACAGUCUAGCUGCCAGCCCUCCUGCUGCAGCUCCUCCCCCUGCCAGGAAGCCUGCGGUGCGUCCGUCUGCUACAAGCCUGUCUGCUGCACCUCUGUCUGCUAUAAGCCUGUCUGCUUCACCCCUGUCUGCUGUGAGGCCUCCCCCUGCUCAGCCCCCUCCUGCAGCCAGCCCAGCGCCUGCUCCUCGUCCUGCUACAGACCCUCCUCCUGUGUGUCCCUGCUCUGCCAGCCCGUGGGCUCCCGCCGGGUCUGCUGCGUGCCCGCUUCCUCUUGUCAGGCCAGCUGCUGCCGCCGGGCCUCCUGCGUGUCCCUGCUCUGCCGGCCCACGGGCUCCCGUCAGGCCUGCUGCGUGCCCGCCUCGGCCCAGAAGUCCUGCUGCUGA